CGAAAAUAAACAUUUUAAUGCUGAUCUGCUCGUAUGAACCUCUAUAGUUUGGAAUUUAAAAAUAUAAAAGAAGCGUUUGCUAGAACACAUCGUCGUAGUUUCAGCGAACAAGUGUGAUCUAUCCCUCCGAAGUCUCCCAAUUCAAUCCAGAUAAUUUGUGUACCAAAGAAGACAAGUCAAACAUAACUUGAACACAAACACACCUCCAAGUGAUAAAGUAAACGCGAUAGAAACAGGUUUAUCAAAUUUGCGGAGUGUGUGUUUGGUCGUACCCGUCGUUGCUGGUAUCAAACACCGGCUCUGUUUUGACAGUGGUCUACAAAUUAAAGCAGAUAACAGACUCCAUACAGGAAUAAGAACCGUGAGUAAACACUAACACACGACAGGGAACGCACAGUUUUUUCUUCGAAGUUGCGAUUUUUAAUACACGAUUUUUGGCUAAAAAUAACCAGUAGUGUUGCGGCUGUGAACGCGUUUAGAUCGAGUGUGACCGAAGCCCGGAAAGUUCAAGAUUUUCGACCAGUUCCAAGUGAAACAUACCAGAGCAAAGAUGGCAAAUCCCAACCAGGAAAUCAAAUACACCAAGCUCUUUAUCAACAACCAGUUCGUCGACUCGAAGAGUGGCAAAACGUUUGCAACGAUCAACCCCGCUACCGGUCAGAAGAUCAUCGAUGUAGCUGAAGGCGACAAGGUGGACGUUGAGGCAGCCGUUCAGGCGGCCAAGACGGCCUUUGCCCGAAGCUCUCCGUGGCGUCAGAUGGACGCUUCCGGCCGCGGCAAGCUGCUGAACAAGCUGGCCGAUCUGAUGGAGCGUGACAUCAACGUGCUGGCCAAUUUGGAAUCGCUGGACAACGGAAAGUCUUUCGGAGAUUCCGUGUUCGACAUGAACUGUGCCAUCGAUACGUUCCGGUAUUAUGCGGGUUGGGCCGAUAAGAUCCACGGGAGCACGGUCCCGUCGGACGGUCCAGUGAUGACGUACAUCCGGAAGGAACCGAUCGGCGUGGUUGGUCAGAUCAUUCCGUGGAACUAUCCGGUUCUGAUGCUGACCUGGAAGUGGGCUCCGGCGCUGGCCGUGGGUUGCACUCUGGUACUUAAACCCGCGGAACAGACCCCACUCUCCGCUCUGUACAUGGCUGCGUUGUCCAAGGAAGCUGGCUUCCCGGACGGAGUUAUCAACGUGGUGAACGGAUUCGGUCCCACGGUUGGCGCCUCCAUUGUUAACCAUCCGGAGAUUCGCAAGGUGGCCUUCACGGGAUCGGUUGAAACGGGUCGUAUCAUCACCGAGGGUUCGUCCAAGUCGAACUUGAAAAACGUAUCGCUCGAGCUGGGAGGAAAGAGUCCGCUGGUUAUCUUCGAUGAUGCCAAUUUGGACGAAGCGGUGGAGAUUGCCCACAAUGCCAUCUUUGCGAAUCACGGCCAGAACUGCUGCGCUGGAAGUCGCACUUUUGUGCAGGAGGGCAUUUAUGAUGCGUUUGUCGCGAAGGCUGCCGAAAUGGCCCGCGCACGAAAGGUCGGAGACGCUUUCGCGGAGGGAACCCAGCAGGGACCGCAGGUCGAUGAGGAGCAGUUCAACAAGAUCCUGGGCUACAUCGAAUCGGCCAACAAGGAAGGUGCCAAGCUGCAGGCCGGUGGAAAGCGCUUCGGCAGUGUGGGUUAUUUUAUAGAACCGACCGUCUUCUCGGAUGUUACGGACAACAUGAAGAUCGCCCGGGAGGAAAUCUUUGGACCUGUGCAGAGCAUCUUCAAGUUCAAAACGCUGGACGAGGUCAUCGAGCGGGCCAACGAUACCGAGUACGGCCUUGCCGCCGGUGUCGUCACCAACAACAUCAACACUGCGCUGGUUUUCACGAAUGCCGUCCAGGCCGGUUCCGUGUGGGUCAACUGUUACGACUACGUCGUACCAACCACUCCGUUCGGAGGAUUCAAGCAGUCCGGCAAUGGUCGCGAGCUGGGCUACAGCGGAAUUGAACUGUACACGGAAACCAAGUCCGUCACAAUCAAGCUGCCAACGAAGAUCUGAAAAGGUCUCCGGGAGCAACAAAAAUAUGGAAAUUAAGCAGAAAUCUGUCUCAGGAUCUUCUCACCCUCUGUAUGCAACCGUUUAUGUAAUCAAUUAAAGUUUAAAUUCAUUUUUCAAUAAUCA